AUUGCGAGAAUUAUACAUAUCUGCUUGCUUGAACUGUUGGCAGAGAAUCAAUUGACUUCGGCGGCACUCCGCCUGCUUUUCGUUGUGUGAAGGAUCCAAUUUUAGCAAUUGAGACGCUUAGCGUAUAUCCAUCAAUAUAUCAACCAUGCUUGUCAGUUCACCGGCCGGUAUGCAGAGGCAUCAACGCCAACACCGGCGACAAAACUCAAUCCCAGUUGCUCUGGAGGCAGCUAAAGUCCCACUACUCCCAACCGCUGCUAUGCUGCAACGUUACUCAAUGCAUAAACGAGGGACGAGUCUGGGUCAGCCUGCCAAUCUGCAACCAUCAAUGACAAGUCAGAACCAAUAUACGAACACCUUACGCGAACAACAACAAACAAGUCAACUCAACCAGCAGUCCUACUUUGACGAGCCUCAACACCAACAAUUAUCUAAUGCAGAUAGCCAACGACUUGAGACAAGAGGUUUAAACGUUUAUACUAACCAAUAUAGCAAUGAAAAUUCUCCGGUAAAUGAUUGCAUGAGCUCUGGAGGGCUGAACAUCAAAACAGCAAAUACAAAGGGCCGUCGACUUAAGCCUGCUCUUCAGCCUAUCCAGCAACAUCCACAACGUCAACAACAAUGCAUUCAAGAAACCAUAACACUUACCACUGGACUCGACAAUCAGCUCAUCGGAGACGGAACAUGGAAUCCGUAUAUAGUCAACCAAUCCAUGCUAGCUCAAAUGUACGACCUUAGGCGUGCGUCUGUUCAAUCGGAUAUAUCUCAGCAGUCGUACAUCCCGUCAACGCCACCGAAACAGGUGCAGUCCAAUUACGUGCCAAUUACUCCGGAUACAACACCUUUUCGCCGAGGUACAGAGUUUGCUCCGUUUAUGCAAAACUUCCACACAUCGCCUGUCAAGAAUAUAGUCUACCAGGCGCAACAGCCUAUUUAUAUGCAGAGAACCAAAUCACUCCAAGGAGUCCCAGGAAGCAACUAUGCUGAGCCCAAGAUCGAUGUUCCUUCCCCCCCUAAUACUGCCCCCGUUGACUAUGAUUGUUAUGAUUUGCUUACUUCACAGGAGAGUGAUUUCGAAAGUACAGAGUUCCAACUCGUAUCCAAGAGCAUGUCUAUCAAAUCGGAGGAUCAAGAAGCAUACAACACACAAAUACUUUCCGCCACCCACUCAUUCCAGUCGUCCCCUGAGAUAGCAUAUAUGCCGCUACCAUCAAGUCCAACCAAGCCGGCCAAAGUUCCCAUCAGCACGGUUACUCCGUCAAAAUCAAGCCCAACUGGAUCGGGCAGUCAGACACCGGAUUUGUCGCCAAACAAACCUAAACUGUCUCCUAAAGUCGCUUCUAUCGAUAGCCUCAAUCUCGAUUCCCGUGUCCAAGCUUCUAUUACGGAGACAGGGAUCACCAUUGAUGAGAUUGCAGCUUACAUUUCCGGACCUGAUCCCGUUGACGGGAAAUGGGUUUGCAUUCACCCGGGCUGUGACAGACGCUUUGGAAGAAAAGAAAACAUCAAGUCUCACAUCCAAACACACCUUGGUGACCGACAAUACAAGUGUGAUCAUUGUGAUAAAUGUUUCGUCAGAGGCCACGAUCUCAAACGUCAUGCAAAGAUACACACUGGCGACAAGCCUUAUGAAUGUCUCUGUGGCAAUGUGUUUGCGCGACAUGAUGCCUUGACUCGUCAUCGACAACGGGGUAUGUGCAUCGGAGGUUACAAAGGUGUUGUUCGAAAAACAACAAAGCGUGGACGCCCCAAGAAGAGUCGCCCAGAUAUGGAGGAACGACAAGAUAAAGCCGCCCGAACACGCGAGAGGAUCUCUGCAAGAUCCGGUACCAUGUCUGUAUCCGGCUCUGAUAGCUCGUGUAGCACGCCACCUUCUGAUGGAUUCGAGAGCAUGAGCAUCCAAGCGUCAAGUCCCUUGGAAGACAUGGCCAUGUUUCAGUCAGGAGACUACUGCUUGCCAUCUGAGGUAUUUUCUCGCACACCUCCGGCGUCUCCAGGGUACAGUACUGGCCAUAAUUCUUCGCCAGCGCAGACCUCCCGUUCUCACAGCCCUUUGAGUGAUGUCGGAUCAAUGUCUCGUACUUCAUCCAGGCAUCCUCUUGAGGACAUCGCCGAAGAGAUGCCUGAUCUCCCACCAAUCUCAGAAGCAGCCGGUUGCUUUGAUCCAGAGCCAGAAAGCUCGAUGCAAACAGAUCUUUCUUCGUCUUCAAUGGUGCCAGCUUUGACACACUCGACAGCUGGAUCUGAGAUUGACAUCUUCAUCAACAACAAUUCUAGCUUUUCAGACUUUGGCCAGGAAUCAGGAAUCUCAAAUGAUAUGGAUCUCUUCUCUGGCAAAUCAGUUGGCGUGAACGACAACGAUUUCUUCUUGGACUUCAACGAUGAUCAUACGACCGAUUCUUUCUUCCAAUGAGUGCUUCGGCAUAUUAUUUCCUUUGUUACAAGAAGUUACUCAUGCUCUCUUCCCACUCUAUCAUCUUGGAUUGGGUAUUACGACUCUUUUUACGAACCGCAACGAUUUUCCUAUUUCUUCGGAUCCCCCUAACGCGACCAUCGAUAGACAUGCUCUUGGACGGAACGAUAUUUUUAAUGAAACUGUACAACAUUCGAUUCACCUCUAGUGUGUAACAUCAUGACUAUCUUGUGGACGGAAAAGCGAUAGUGUUUUGAUUUUUUAUUAUAUCUCUUUUCUGUUUCCGAUUUCAUGAUAUGGAUGUAUUUCCGCUCUGAUCAUGUCUAUUAAUCAGAGAGGACUUGUCAUGUACUGCCGGAAUGAUGCUUAUGAAUUUUGCUUUUUGUUCGUGCUUAUUUUUCUUCUCUUGUUUUCUUCACGUGGAGUUUCUUAUCUGUCAGCUUCCUGGGACCAACUAUACCGAUUGAUUUCUUUCUUGUCACGUUAUUUUCCAAACGAUUGUGUGUUUCUUUCAGGAGCUUGCGACUAUGCCUCAGAUAACUAGGCUAGCAUUGAAUGGAUUAAUAGAUUGUUCCAACUUCU